AUAGGGUUGGCACCAGAUUUUCGGAUCCCUGGCCUUCACGCUGGCGCUACUCAACCCUAUCGGCGCUCUCUUGAGGCCACAUCCCGACGCCCCUAACCGAUGGCUAUUCAAUUGGGGCCAUUGGUUUCUGGGCAACCUGGGUCAUAUCGCCGCCAUUGUAGCCAUUUUCCUAUCCACUAAGCUGCCACUGGCCGACUUACCAAGACAAUUUUUGUGGACAGUCAUCACGUUUGUGGUGUUCAAUGUGGUCGUACACCUCAUACUCCAGUUCCAGACGUUUUGCGCCCAAAACAGACUUUUAAUCCGAUAGAAACGCACGACAUUGCGAUGCAAGACAUGUCCGGAUCACAUGACGACCACAACAUGGGGGCCGACACUCCGGGCACUGGUUUCCGACGGUUUAUAUUA